AUCAUCUUUAAUUUCCUGUUUCUCAAAAAAAUUUAGUUUAUCAUCUUCCUUAAUUUCAACCACGUCUUCUCCUCUUCUCACAAUCCCAAAACAAAUUUCAAAACCCAAAUCGUUCCCGUCGGGGAACCAUGUCAAGAAUUUGAUAUCAAACACGUCUUCUCUUCUCAAUACCCAGAGCAAUUGCACAACCCAGUUCUCAUCCCGGAUUCGUUCCCGCUGUCGCCGUCGCCGUCGCUCUCCACCACCUCCUACGUCGUCGCUCCCACCACCUCCAUUUUGGAAAGACUAGGUCAGGGAAUUUAAACCUAGUACUUUGCUAUGGAUGUUGGGGCAGAUUCUGUAGAUAGCUCCCUUGUUCUGGUGAAGCAAGGAGCUGAAGCUAGGGUUUUUGAGUCAACCUUUGUGGGAAGGAGGUCUAUUGUCAAGGAACGGUUUUCGAAGAAGUACAGGCAUCCUACUUUGGAUGCAAAACUUACACUCAGGCGCCUCAAUGCGGAGGCGAGAUGCAUGAGGAAAGCAAGACAGCUUGGGGUGCAUAUAUACUCUGGUGCUUUACAAUGUGGACACUAUGUUGCAUACCCUGACAUUUGAAUAUGUGGAGGGGCCUUCUGUUAAAGAUGUGUUUCUUGAGUUUGGGUUAGGAGGUGGUCGUGUGGCUUCAGAAAUUGUUGUUAUUUAUGAUUGGUAGAUUUUGCUUUUAUUUAUUCUCUGGGAAUAGUUGUUGAUUGUUGUUUAUGAUUUUUUGAAACUUAAGAGUUCAUGCGUUCUUUGUUCUAAGAUACGGUAAAAGGUGAUCAAGAAGAAGCUCCAGCCAAUAUGCAGUCUCCUAACCUAAAUAUGACAGAUGAUGUCGGGGUGUCUGUGAUAUAUAACUUUGUCUCAACAGGUUGAAAAACUACCAAGUGUUGACAACAGUUCCUCACAGGUUGACAAACAGCGAAUCAACAAUCUACUAAUGUACCAACCGUCGAUGAACUCUACUUUUAACUUAAGAGUAUAAGGAUGUUGAACAUUGUUAUUUUGGUUGAUUUGGCAACUUUUGGUGUAUAUUUUGUUGAGCAUGUUGCCAUUGAAAGAUGUUGGGAUCUCAAUUCUCAAUACAAGUGUAUUUGUAUGAGUGUAUUUCUAAAUUGUUACUGAUUUCCAAUUAAAUUUACACCAGUUCAUAUCUCUUAUUAUA